AGAGAGGGGGGCGGGUCGAUCAGUGAGGCUCCACCACUCGAACAAGAGCCCGAGCCAGAACUCCUCGGUCCAGAUCCAGAUCCCGGACUCUCUCGCCGCACUCCUGAAGUUUAUCAUGUUCAAACUGUAGUUAUGAAUUAGAGCUGAACUUCCUCGGUCUGUGUGGAUUUACAGUCAAACUGCGACCUUUGCAUUGUGGGAUCUGAUAUGGGCAGUAAGACUCUCCCGGCCCCGGUGCCGCUUCACCCGGCGCUGUUCCUGCAGUUCCCCGCGGGCGCGGAUCCCCGCUACGGGCUGAGCUCCGGCCACAGCGUGAUCCACCACUGGGCCCUCGGGUACCCGCAGAUUCCGGGGCUCCUGGACCCGCGCUUCGCGUUCACCGCGACGCUUCCCUUCGCCGCGCAUCUGUUCCCCAAACACGGAUCGGUGACGCGCGUCGUGCCCGCGCUGCACAAGGACAGACCGCGAUUCGACUUCGCCAACCUCGCGCUCGCGGCCACGCAGGAGGACCCGCCGAAACCGGGAGUGGAGCUGGGAACACUGGGAACACUGGGGAAACUGAGCCCGGACCGCAAGCCCGCGCGCGGGAGACUCCCGUCCAAGAGCAAAAAGGAAUUUAUUUGCAAGUUUUGCGGGAGACACUUUACAAAGUCCUACAAUCUGCUGAUCCACGAGCGGACACACACGGACGAGCGCCCGUACACCUGCGACAUCUGCCACAAGGCCUUCAGGAGACAAGACCACCUGCGGGACCACAGAUAUAUCCACUCCAAGGAGAAGCCCUUCAAGUGCCAGGAGUGCGGCAAGGGCUUCUGCCAGUCGCGGACUUUGGCGGUUCAUAAAACGUUGCACUUGCAGGAAUCUCCUCACAAAUGCCCGACAUGCGGAAGAACCUUUAAUCAAAGAAGUAACCUGAAAACUCACCUUCUCACCCAUACAGACCUCAAGCCUUUCUGCUGCCUCCGCUGCGGGAAAGAGUUCCGGCGCAACUGCGACCUGAGGCGCCACACACUCACACACACUCCUCACAAACACACACACUCUCCUCACACACUCUAACUAACACAGUCUGACACACUC